AUGAAACUGGUUGCGCUCAAAAAAGAUCCCAAGGAUCCCAUUGCAAUCGAAAGGCUUAACUUGAUGAACAUGGCCAAACUGAGCAUCAAGGGCCUGAUCGAGUCUGCUCUGAACCUCGGACGCACUCUCGACUCCGACUAUGCACCUCUUCAGCAGUUCUUUGUCGUCAUGGAGCACUGUCUGAAACACGGAUUGAAAACUAAGAAGACCUUCCUGGGGCAGAACAAGUCGUUCUGGGGGGCGUUGGAGCUGGUGGAGAAGCUGACGCCUGAGGCAGGGGAGAUCACUGCCAGUGUAAAAGACCUGCCAGGCCUCAAAACUCCUCUGGGAAGAGGUCGCGCCUGGUUACGACUGGCCUUGAUGCAGAAGAAGCUCUCUGACUAUAUGAAGACCAUCAUCAACAGAAAGGACCUGCUCAGUGAAUUCUACGAGCCGAACGCGUUGAUGAUGGAGGAGGAGGGCGCCGUCAUCGCCGGGCUGCUCGUCGGGCUAAAUGUCAUCGAUGCCAAUCUGUGUAUGAAGGGAGAAGAUCUGGACUCGCAGGUCGGGGUGAUUGAUUUCUCAAUGUACCUCAAAGAAGGUGGACACAGUAGUAAGAGCGCAGAAGGCGACGGACAGAUCACGGCGAUUCUCGACCAGAAGAACUACGUGGAGGAGCUGAACAGACAUUUAAGUGCGUCAGUAAACAACCUCCAGGCCAAGGUGGACGCUCUGGAAAAGUCCAACACAAAGCUGACAGAGGAGCUCGCAGUGGCAAAUAACAGGAUCAUUACUUUACAAGAAGACGUGGAGCGAGUAAAGGAGGAGAGCUCGUAUCAGCUGGAGUCCAGGAAGGCAUUAAGAAGCGACUCUGCAGCAGACGGACAAGCUCUGGGAGAAACACGCAAGCAGCUCAAAGAGGAAACUUUGCUUCGAUUGGAUGUGGAGAAGGAGCUGGAGGUGCAGAUCGGGAUGAAGCAGGAGAUGGAGCUGUCCAUGAAGAUGCUGGAGAAGGACGUGUGCGAGAAGCAGGAUGCUCUGGUGGAGCUCAGACAGCAGCUGGAAGACCUUCGUGCCAUCAACCAACAGCUCAGCCACAAGUCACAGAGUGCAGAUGCCAGCUCUAAACAGAAGAGUGAAGCCAUCGGGCGCCUGGAGGAGAAAAUAAACCAGAUGUCAGGGACCGUAAAACAGCUGGAGACCAGAUGCAAACAGGCUGACAAGGAGAGAGAUCUGGCUUUAGAGGCCAACCGGCUCUUCAAGCAGGACUUUGGGGACAAGAUCGAGAGUCUGCAGGAGGAGGUGGAGCAGCUCAGGAAACACAGGUCUAACCUGGAGCAGGAGCUGAGAAAAGAGCGCGAGCGAAGGACCGAGCAUCACCUCGGUGCUGCACCCAGACAGUCCAGUGCUGCUCGGAGGGAGAAGAGACACCCAGAGAACAUACCAAAGCAUCUCCCAGAACCCUUGGCAGUGAAAAGAGAGAAUGACCAGUUACAGAGUGGACAAGAGGACAAAACCAGUCUGAGCUCCAGCUUGUCUCUGUCACAUCAUGAGGACGAACAGGACGAGUCGUUCUUGGAGAUCAGUGUGCCUUCAAUGUGUACGAUGUGCGAACAGGACGACUCCCUCCUCAAGACAAAGAAACAGUGUAAGAACUGCAGUGGGGUUUUCUGUGAGAGUUGUGUGUCCAACGAGCUGCCGCUGCCUUCCUCCAUCCUCCCAGAGACGGUUUGCAGCUCCUGCUACUCACAGUUACUCCAACAAUACGCUUCAACGCCGACAUGAUCGGACACACGGAAACUGGAGGCAUCCAUCUGUAGAACUGACGCUGCAGAAAGAAAAGCACUUUUUUUUUUUCCACUUCACGGCCUGAAAUGUCAUGACAGAUCUUUUCAAGUCUUGAGCUUUGCGGGUUAUUUUAAUUACUUUAAGUCAGCAGUGUCCAAAUGUGAGCCGUUAAAAGCCACGUGUAUGCAGCUUUUUAUUACAAUUAAACACCGCAAACGCCAUUGAUCUCCUGUUUCUGGCUCACAGUGUGAUUAUUGGUGAUUGUUAAGUGAAAAUCUGCACUCGCGUAUGCGAAAAAGGCACCUGGCUGGAAAUUAAUAGACAACUUGAAUCAUCUCAUUCAUAGUAACAUUUAAAAACUGACUUCCCACAGUGUCCACUAAGUGGAUAAUUGAUGCAAAGUUCAAUAUUUUAACCUCACUUUUUAAAGAUGAAGAGAGAAAAAAAAAAACUGGAUUUAUUUACAGUAUUUUGAGGCUCAUCUGUGCUCCUUUGCAGAUCUGGACAUGUAGUGAUUCAUGAUUUUACUCAUGAUGCAUGAACUUUAACAAUUUGUGCACAAAGUGGCAUCAGAUUCAGGGAAAUACUGACGAAAUUCAAUACGAUUUUGAUGUCAGUAUUUUUGGGAAAGACUAAAGAUGAAAAGAAAAUAGCUUUUGCAGUUUAUUUUAAAAAUGUUUCUCUCUCUCAGCCUAUUGAGUUCGGAAAAUUGUAAAGUUGUAGUGCAGAAUUUAAGAGAAAUAUUUAAGUUAUAUCACAAUGGACGAUAACCAAAAUCCUAAACUGGAUUAAAUAUAUAUAUAUAUGUGCUUAUAUAUCUAGUCUCUUAUUGCAAUAUUGAUAUCAAUAUUUGAUGAACAUAUCAUCCAGCUGUGUGAAUGUAGAAUUGUUAAAGAAAAAACUAGCUAUUGUGCUUAAAUAUCAAAGUGAGUUAGCUUAGCUUAGCAUAAAGACUGGAAACGGGUGGAAACUGUUAGCGUAGGUCUGCCUGCAUGUAACAAAAUCCACCUCGAAGGCUUAAAUAACUCACAAUUCAUACCGAAACCACAAUGCAAUUUAAGUGCCAAAGUAAUGUGAGGGGUGGAAACUCCACAAAGCUACUGUUACACAACUCCUAAAUAACAAGCUGUUGUUACGCAAAUGAGCCACAGAAUAUUGUGUUAAUUAGUGCACUUUAAAUGAGCCGGUGGGUGGAUUUUUGCUGUUCCCUUCUGUUUGCACUUCCUAUGCUAAGCUAAGCUAAUUAUCUGUACCAGCAUGACAUUCUACAGACUAUCAGGCUGUUCUUUUAUGUUUACAAAACUGAAUAUUCUGGGUAUUUUUUUUUUCUACUUGUUGUGUAUUUGUUAGAAGUGGCAUUAACAAAAGGCUAAUCAUCACAAAGUCAUCUCCAGCUAAUAUCAAGUCACAUGAGAGUCUGGUUUGUUUUCCAUCAUGAAAUCCAACAUGCAGACGUUUAGGUGAAGUUGUCUCAGCACAUGGCAGCACUUCUGAAUGCAUGGCUCUCUGCCCGGCUGGUUUGAAGUGCUUCUUUAUACUUUACUGUUUUGUUGAUUGACUAAAACUAGACCUGAACCUCACUUCUUGUCGACGCUAAUUAACAUGUGAGAUGGAACUGCUUCUUAGAUCAACAAUAAACUUUUAUCAAAUCGAA